CACCUCUCCUCAUACAAGAUAAAAAGAAAAAGAGGAAAGAGAUUGAGAAGAGAAGAAGAGAAGAAGAAAAGAAGAUGUCAGCAUUGAAUAACCAUAUGUUUCAUGAUCUCCAGGACACACUCUGUUAUGUGCAAUGUGGCUAUUGCACUACCAUAUUACUUGUUAGUGUUCCAUGCAGCAGCUUUUGUAACAAGAUAGUAACAGUGAGAUGUGGGCAUUGCACUAGUCUCCUCUCUCUCAAUUUGACUAAAGCUUCUCUUCUCCCUUUUCGUCUUUUUGAUUCCUUCAACCAAACUCAUCAGCUGCCAAAGCCAGAAGUUGACAAGGAGGAAACUGUUGAUGCUAAUAAGAAAAGUGUAGAUUUGGGAAGCCCAGUUAUAGCCUCUUCAGAUGAAGAAGAUAAAUAUGAGAAUGUUCUUCCAGUUAAUCAAGUCAAUAAACCCCCAGAGAAGAGACAACGAGCUCCAUCUGCUUACAACUGCUUUAUCAAAGAAGAGAUCAAGAGGCUGAAGGCUCUAUAUCCCAACAUGACUCACAAGCAAGCUUUCAGUACCGCAGCAAAAAAUUGGGCCCACUUUCCAUCAAGUCAACAUAGAGGAAGCUGUAGCUUGGGCGACGGGAAAAUGGCAAAGGUUUCUGUUGCAAGAAACUCUCUGGUCCCAAGAGAUAGAAAUGGUUUCCUUGAAAGAGAGGCUUCGAGUACGACUCCGUUUCAUGAGUGAAGAGAUCUCAUCAAUGAUCUCGAACUUGAAGAAUUGAAUUGUGUCUUAUCUAGUAGUACUGUUGGUUUCAUUUUGCAUUUGUGUUGAAGAUGCCAUUGUCAAUUAAUGGGGUUAUUGAAGUUUCUGUUUGCAACUUUUGGAAGUCUGAAAGUUGUGACAUGUAUAAUAUAACAAUGAAUCUGAUGCAUUAUAAGGUGUGUGAACCAAAGGAUUGAUAUUGCUUUUUUUAAAAA